AUAGAUCAGGGCUCCCUUGGUCUCGGCCGUGGCUCGCGCGAUUAUUACCUCAAUUUAACGAUGUUUUCGAAGCAUCUCGAUGCCUACAAAAAAUAUCAGCUUGAAGUGGUGAAGCUUUUGCUGGCCGACGCGAAUGUGACGUACGAUUUGCAGGAGCUUAUCUGUGAUCUCGAUGAAGUUAUCAUUUUUGAAACAGAAUUUGCUCGGGUAUGCUGCUAA